UUUUCUUCAUCUUUUUCCUGAAAAGGAGAGGGUAAGAAGUCUGAAGGGAACAAAUGGUUGCAAAAGAUGUCAUGGAUGAAUCGAUUUGCUGAGAGCCAAAGCCAAGAAUUUGACAGCAAAUUCAGCCAGAACAUUUUAUUUCGCGCAAGCACAGACCUUGAUCUUGGGUAACUGUAUCUUGGUACCUCAAUGCUUGGCGGUCAUCAUGUAUAAAAAGACCUCUAUUUUCCAUUAAACCAACUCUUUUUUCUUUUCCACAUUCUCACGUUCUACAUAUCAUCAACUACCACAACUUUUUUCUACUACUAUAACUACAACACAACAUCCAAAUAUGGCUCUCACCUGCUCUGACAUUUUCAAGUUCAUCUUCGCCGUCAUCCUUCCUCCUCUUGGCGUCAUGCUCGAGAGGGGCUGUGGUUGCGAUUUCCUCAUCAACAUCCUCUUGACUUGUCUUGGCUAUAUUCCCGGUAUCAUCCAUGCCUUCUACAUCAUUCUAAAGUAUUAGGAUCCGCAAAAAAAAAAGGAAUCAGCAAACAGCAACAAUCAGUACGGAAUGACUACACUAAAGCAUUUAAAAACAACAAGAACAAAAGCCAAACAUUCAUGAGCAGUGUAAAUCUGUAAUUGUACUAUAAAUUCUCACAAUCCAAUAAAUAAUAUUGCAAUCAAAU